GCUGUGGUCUCUUCUCCACCAACUAUCGCGGACGUUUCCUUCCGCCGCCAUCCUUCACUCCAGAGCCGGACAGUAACAGAUCACCUGCAGGACAUCAUGAACUUCACGGUGGAAGAGAGAGGAGCCCCGAACUCCCUCAGCUACCGUCUGUUCUACAAAAAUGAAGAAGGAAAAUACAUCUCACCAUUCCAUGAUAUACCCAUGUACGCAGAUGAGAGUCAGAACAUCUUUAACAUGGUGGUGGAAGUCCCAAGAUGGACAAAUGCAAAGAUGGAGAUUGCCACCAAAGAACUGUUGAACCCCAUCAAGCAGGAUGUAAAGAAAGGUGCGCUGCGCUAUGUUGCUAAUAUUUUCCCUCACAAAGGCUACAUCUGGAACUACGGAGCCAUCCCCCAGACGUGGGAAGAUCCUGCUCACAAAGACGGAGACACCGGUUGCUGUGGCGACAACGACCCCAUCGAUGUUUGUGAGAUUGGAAGUCGGGUCUGUUCUCGCGGCGAGCUCAUUAAAGUUAAAGUCCUCGGCAUCCUGGCCAUGAUUGAUGAGGGUGAGACCGAUUGGAAGGUGAUUGUCAUCAAUUCAGACGAUCCUGAAGCCAAAGACUAUAAUGACAUCAGCGACGUCCGUCGUCUGAAGCCUGGAUAUCUGGAGGCCACAGUCGACUGGUUCAGGAGAUACAAAGUGCCUGAUGGGAAACCAGAAAACCAGUUUGCUUUCAAUGGGGAGUUUAAAGACAAGGACUUUGCCAUUGAAGUGAUUAAAACCACCCACGGCUUCUGGAAAGCACUCAUCUCCAAACAGGCCUGUGCUGGAGAACUGAACUGUAAAAACACAUGUUUCUCUGGGGGAGACAGCUCCUACUGCUGCUCAGCAGACGAGGCUAAAGCUGUUGUCGAAAAAUUUCCAUGUGGAGAAGCUGAACCUGUUCCUUCAUCAGUAGACAAAUGGUUCUACAAGUAAUUCAGGAGCAUACUAACAGAAAUACUGGAACCAUAGAAGAAUAACUGGAUGGCUCCUGGAGGACAAUAAAUUAUGUAGAAAAACAGUACAGUUUUACAUUGUACAGGUCCUGACCAAUUUAUUUUUUCACUUAUUUAACAAAAUCUCUUUGGAGAUGCGUGCCUGUAAACAAAGUACAGAUACUGUUCACUGUAUCAGACUCUGAAGUGCUUUAAUAAAGCUUCUCUGGUAAAUUA